CUCACACAACCAUCCUUGUUACAGCUCAGUGUGACUGCUUCAUGGACCUGCAGCAGGCCUGUCGAAUUCCGGUACAGGCCACAGACACAGGAUUUGCGUCUUCGUAAACCCACAGCUUCCUCUUUAAGAAAACCACUGACCUUUGAACUCGUCAAGACUUCUCACUUUGAUAUGGGUCCAAGUCAGCUGGAGAGCAGAUUUCGAGGGCUGGUCAUGGUGUCCGGUGAAAAGGUAUGGGACCCCCUCCAUGUGGGCCGUCUUCAGUCAUAUCUGAAUGAGCAGCACCUGGCAACUGGGCUAAUUCCCCUCUGCAACAUCACAGAAACUGCGUCUGAGGACACCACGUGUCACCGGAGUCAGCGGUCCAUACCUUUGUCUUCCCCACCACUGUCAUUUGAGGUCUCCUCACAUCCACCUGUGAAUUUAUCCAGCUCUAAAACGAUCAAAGAACUAUACAAACCUGUCAGGUCUCGCAGGGUGGCCUCUCAGCCUGACGAGGAGGAGGAAGGGGAAAUUGAGCAGCUGGAGAUGAAAGGUAAAAGGCAAGGAGGCCGAGGAGAAGCCAUGAUGGAGGACAGACUUGAGGACAUGGCUGAUGGACCUAAAAAUGCAAAAAUCACCUUAAGCUUCCCACUUAGUGCUGCCCCCCUUCCAGCCUCUAUGACAUCUCCAAACCACUGUCGGAGCUCCUCCUCAUCCUCCCCUUCCCCCCAGCGACGGCGUCCAUCCUCCAAAAGCUCAGACGGGUUGCUGUGGAAACUUGACGCGACGAUGGAUGUAAAGCACAGACCUUUCAAGCCCCCGAGGCACGACAGCUCUCCAUCCUCUUCACCUUCCUCCUCCUCUUCUCCCAUGACUGUUCAUGCACUUGUCAGGAAGGAUAUAAAAUCUCCACCUCCACUAAAGUGCUCCAAACCCAAUCCAGAGGCUCAGUUUCAGAGAUCUCCCCCAAUAUCCUCCAGUGGAUCUUUAGGGGGAUGUUAUGGACACAGAGUUGCCAACAGUACAGCCUCACCGUCCCAGACUGCUCAGAUUCUCUUCAGUCUGGGCACAUCAGCCUAUCAGAGAGGUGACGAUGCAGAGAGGAGAGAAAAAAUGCAAGGAAGACCUGCUGGGAAAGCAGGAAACCCUCAUGGACCAAGUCUUCACCCACCCACCCUUCAUCUCCCUCCUCCUUUACCACUACCUCCUCCUCCUCCCCCAUCUGAGGGUCUUACUGCAACCCCUCACUCAUCCUCCUAUCCUCCUUCUGAUAGCAUGAAACCUGAGCUGAUUUGUGGGGUGUGUCAUCGGAUUUUCAGCUCGGCCUCUUCCCUCACAGUCCACAUGCGGCUGCAUCGUGGCAGUCGUGGUCUCAGUUGCCGUUACUGUGGCAAAGUCUUCAUCCACAGCAAGAGACUGCAAUCCCAUGAGGCCUCCUGCAAGGUGCCAGGCCUACCCUCCAACGGCCUACCCUCCAAUAGCCUGAGCCCUCCUUCUCUCACUGUGCAGCCUAAGGAGGAGCCACUGGAGGAGGGUGAGGUGAGGGUGGAAGGGGGAGUGAUUGUGGGAGAAACAGACAUCAGUAAGGUGCGGCCAGGGAAGAAGGCACGAAGCCUCCUGGCUCGUAUCCAAGGUGAUGAUGCAGCAGCCGCAGAGUUGCUGGCGGGAGACGAGCACCAUUUUGUGAAGGUGGUAGAUGGCAAUGUCAUUUACUUCUGCUCUGUGUGUGAGCGCUCCUACAUGACCCUAUCAAGCCUAAAGCGUCACUCCAAUGUGCACUCAUGGCGCCGCAAAUAUCCAUGCCAUUAUUGCGACAAAGUUUUUGCCCUGGCUGAGUACCGCACAAAGCAUGAAGUUUGGCACACCGGAGAGCGACGCUACCAGUGCAUCUUCUGCUGGGAUGCCUUCGCCACUUAUUAUAAUCUCAAAACACACCAGAAAACAAUUCAUGGUAUUAAUCCCAGCCUCAUCUCCAGUGAAAAAACAGCUAAUGGGGGCUAUAAGCAGAAAGCUAAUGCCCUUAAACUCUACCGCCUUCUCCCCAUGCGUUCCCAGAAGAGACCCUACAGGACAUACAGUGACAGUUUGCAUAAUGGCCUGCUACUGCCAUCAGCUGAAACACCUCCUCUCUCACUGCCUGGCCUGGGCUGUGCUCUGGGCCCUGGGGAUCUACAGAGUCUCAUCAGUGGAGCACACCCUCAGAGUGUUAAGCCUGACCCAGAUGACUUCUCGGUUUCUGGGGCUGCUGAACACAGGGACCUCACCAUACCAACACCCCUCCCCCAUACAGACAUGCCCCAAGUUAGGACACUUGAGAGUGAAGCCUUUGAGUCAGACCAGAGUAGAGGCAGUGGCAGCUUCAAAUUGUCUAGUAGCAGCAAAACCAAAACUCAUAAGACUAGUAAAGGCACAGAAGCAAGCAUGCCUUCUGUGAUAACAUAUGGACAUACAAAACCCUCUGUCAUAGUACAUGGAACUGCAGUGUCAUCUUCUGUCAUUGUGCAUAGCAACCAGGUCAUCUCUGGUAGUGACAAAAGCUCAAUAAGCAGCCCAUCCCCUGAAACCAGCAACAGUCAGACUUUACCCAAGGGCAGUCCGAGGUUAGUGAAAAAGCAAAGGGACAGUGCAGAUAACUUUAGAAAGAGAUCGAGAGACAGUUCGGAUAACACAGAGGAUGGUUUCAGAGGUGUACAGGAGACAGAGACGGGGAAAUUGUUUCACAAGUCACGCAAGUCCCACAGUAAGAAUGACAGCUCUAAUUUAAAGCACCUGCCAGCCUCUGUAGGUUCACAGGUCAAAGAGGCAGGGCCACUAUGCCAGAUUACUGUACGUAUUGGUGAGGAAGCCAUCGUAAAGCGUAGCAUCUCUGAGACAGACCUUAGAAGAGACAAGAGCCUUUCUCCCCCAAAAGCUAAACGCACUGAAUCAUCAACUGUGCGAGACGUCAAGGAUUCACGCCACUCUAACAUCCAUCAUCAUCACCAUAAACACCGCCUGCACCGUAGAGCCAGCAUGGAAGUAGAGGGUGAAAGGGAUGGAGGAGAAUGUGUAGAGGAGGUCAGGAAAAAGACAUCAAAAUCACCGGAUGGCGUGAGGGAGUACUACUUCCGUCAGGAGGUCCGUGAGCAGGACAGUGACCACGACACAGAGGAUAAUUUAUGGCGGCCUUACUACUCCUACAAGCCUAAAAGAAAGACUCAAGCACAUCUGCAGAGGGUCAAGAGCUGGCAGAGGAAAUUGAAAUACAAGCGCUCUAUCCGGGUGAAGAGAAGGGCAGAGAGACUCAAGAACCGCAUAAAUAAAGAAACUGACAAAUCACAAGAUGAGGAAGAGGAUGGAAAGAUUGAGGAGCCCCAAAAACUGUCAAAAGCUAACAGAGCUGAAGAAGAGGGGAAAAAGAAAGACUAUCCCUCUGCCCCUUUAAAGGAGAAGAACAAAGACCCGAAAGAACAGGUCAAGGAGGCCUGUCAUAAGGUUCCCACCAGUCCUCUGCACUCUCCAAAGCCUCCUCCAUCUACCUCAGAGGCUCCUAUGGGAAUAAAGAGGCGGCCAUGGUCUAAUGGGAAUGCAGCAGAGUGUGGUACAUGUGGCCGCUGGUUCUCAAGCACCAGAAAGCGAGACAAACACGAGCUGAGCCAUUUGCUGGAGUUCGUAUGUCUCUUCUGCCAUGCCACUUUCCCCUCAAGGGAUAAAUUGGAAGACCACCAGAGAGCCCAGCAUCCUAAGCCUACUGAGGCAUCCUGUGUUCCCCCUAAAGUGGCACUUGGAGAACAAGUUGAAGGAGUCAAAUCUGUUCCAGAGAUUGCAAAGUAUGAUGAAGGAAAGGGGGGGCACGUGAGCUUAGUCGGGAGUAAUUCUAGUCCAAGUUGCCUAAGCAGAAGAGCAUUAUCACGACACACCUGUCCACAGUGUCAUAAGGUGUGCAAGACAUCUUCAGCACUUACUCGCCAUGUCCGACGCCAUGAGCUAAGCAGUUCCCCAGAACGAGAAAAGGAAGAAGAGGCCUUAGAGCCAAAAACAAAAGAGACCGUUAUUAAAGAUGUAAGCAGAGACCUAGAGACUGAUAAAGCACAUGUUCCCAGUGCUCUCUCUGUUUCAGUCAUCAGCUAUUCAAUGCCAGACCUGCCCAGCAGUGGUGACUGCUUGACAUCACGGCAGCAUGAGGACCACCUCCUUCAACUGACAGCUGAACAUCACAUGUCAGAGUCCAGAGACAUACCUGAACUAACAGGGCUCACUCAUCCAGCUCCAGAGAAAGAGCAUUGUCCACAAAACGCAGACCCUCCAUCAGAAAGUCCAGUCAACCUCACGCCCACUAAACAGGAACUCACAGCUGCCACACCCUCUGCUCUCCAGAGUGUGCUUGUCAUGAAUGGACCUGAAUGUCUGGACUACCGCACCCACAGCAGAAAGAACCUAGACAGCCAGAUCCACAGAAUACCCAGCCCUGUGCAUGUUGUGGCAUCCACCAACACCUCUCCAAAUGUGCCAGUGACAUCACAGACCAGAAUAACCACUGCUGCUGCUGCUGCUGCUCCCGUUUCCAUGACAACAGCUCCCUGCUCUGAGGGUGGAUUCAUGAAACGGGAUGGGGUCAUUAUAGACAGAGAGAGGCAGUGUGGGAGUGGCAUAUUUCAACAUGCAGGUUAUGAGGAAUCAACUCUGUUUGAAGAGCUCAGAGUUGAGCCACAGUCCAGGAGUCCUUCUCCUGAAGAAGCACAAGACCUGACAAUGUCCUCUAUACUAGCUAGGGAGAGGGCGAUAGAGAGGCAGAGAGAGAAAGAGAGGGAGCUAGAGAGAGAGAGGGUGAGAGACAUAGAAACAGAGAAAGAGAUAGAAAAGGAGAGAGAGAGGGCCCAGCAAUCGAGAAGAUCUGUUCAUGCCACAGAGAACCAAACUGUUCUAUUGGUUCCUAAAGAGGAGCCCUUGAGUCCUGUGCCGUCCCCCCACCACAUCUCCACUCAAACCACUACAAAUGCACCCACCUCACACAGGCACACUCCCACAUCCCCAUGUCAAUCCCCCUCUGCUCUUGGACUGUUAGGUCAAACCAACCGACAGGUUCACUCCAUUUCACAAGGACUCGACAGACUCCCACUUUCUACAGGAGCAGGAGGUGUUGGUGAUCGCCCCUCUGCCCACGCUCUCCUUCUGCCCCGAGCCCCUCAACCACCUGAGCCAGAGUACCAGGACACUGUUUCUUCCAGAGAUUCCCAGCAGGGGGAUGUCAUCCCAGUUGGCUACACUUCCCAGGAUUACCCCCUUCCCCUCCUUGUUCCAGACAGCUAUCGCUCUGGUAAGAAGCAAGAGGAAAACCUGCUUAUGUCCUCCUAUCCUGCUGGACAUCUUCCCUUUGGCCCACUGGGAAAAGUUUUGGUCCCUAAUGGCGGGGACCUGGCCAAGCUACCAUUUUAUCCAGACCCUUACCAGCUGCUCUAUGGGCCCCAGCUGCUGGCCUACCCCUAUAACUUGGCAGCUCUACCUGUGGCUCUCAAUAUGAUGGCACCUGGUGGGGACAAGGUGGAGCCUCUGCCUUUCCUUCCAGCCAUCUUCAACUACGCAUCUACUGCUGGACCCUACAUGGGUACAGCCCCCCACCCCCUUGUGGCAAAUCCCAGCCUAUACAGCAGCAGCAGUGGCAGCAGCAAGAAGCAAAGAGACAGCAGCAGCAAACCUUAGGACAACAGAAGCACUAUGAGGAAUAUAUCCCAGAGGGGACAGCCUGGCCUGUUUAGGAUGAGCUGGAGGGAUGUGUGCUCACUGGGUCACUGACUGCACUUGCACAGUACCUCUGCCUCUGUUUUAUUCAGUAGAGAUCAGAGCUAGGCAUUCAAUAAGGAGUAUGUGUGAAGGGAGGAGAAGGAGCAAAGAAAUGGGGAGGAGAAGGCCAAUAAUGUAGUAAUGUAUCAUCACCUCCCCUCUCUUUACUCCUGCCCACCUUCUCUUUGUUUCUCCUGUUUUGCUGUAGUGCGUCAUAGUUCUAGAGCUUGAUUAAUCUUCCCCUCUGACUCAUAUUAUCUAUAAUAUAAGAAUAAGAACCGCUAAUAAGAAUGUGUGAUGUGCGGGAAAAAAAGUUCAGUCUGCUUCCCUUUAUAGUCAUGGCAAACGAGGAUAAACAAUGUUCAGGGAAGGCUUGUGUGGGCAACGAUAAUGUCAAAGACGAGAGUUAGUGAGAAUGAGAGGGUGAGUGAAUCUUCCUGUUAAAUGAAAGUUAUAUAUGAGCAUGUACAUGCACAUGUGUGUAGGGAUUUUGUGCAUGCAGAGGUUGCCUCCGGCAGGUUUUGCUGCGUAUGUGUGUAAGUGUGUGUGUGUGUGAGUGGAUUAUGUGCAUGAAUGGAUAGAUCAUUCCGUGUCAUGACGCACACAGCAUUCUUACUCUAGUUGGAAUAACUACAGUAGGUCAAUGUCUAGAAGUGCAUUUAGAAGUGAUUCUUCAUAUCCAAAUCAUUAAAUGUCAGUUCUAUGGCUGAAAGCGAGACUAUGACAAUGACAGAUCAUCUGAGCUUCUAACCAUAUUACUUUAUGGUCAGGUGACACUGUAGGAACUGUACAGCAUUCACCAUAGUUUGUACCUUAUGUGCACAAAAUAGAAAAGUAGUGGUCACUUAAAAAGGGGACACAUGUAGCUGCUUCAGAUAUGUAGCUGGCCACUGGGUUAGAAUCGAAGGCUGGUAGAACAUUGCACUUCCGUUUUUCAUCUCAUUUCCUUCACAAAAAAGAGGAAAGGAAUAAAAACCAGUCAGCCUUCACCUUGCGUAGCUUUUACCUCUGGAUUCAGGGUAUUGUAUUAUUUCUGGAUAGGAAAAGAGAUAUAUGGGCACAAAACUGUUGGACACUGAGUCAGAAGGCCCCACAGAAGUGAUUUUUGGGACAAAAACACACAUGUUCCCAUUCUCGCUCUGAUGGGAAAUUGGAAAUAGUAUGACCUAUUUCCCCUCCCGCCCUGUGUCAUUUACUAAGUGGUAGGAAAAGGCUGAGCUUAGCAGCCAAAGUGGUGGCCCAAACCCCGUAAUGCCCUCUUGGGGCCCUUUUUGUUGUGUAAUGUUAUUUCUACAUGUUUGUUUUGUUCAACUAUGUUGUUGUUUAUGUUGUUUAGCCCUCUUACCAGAUGGAAGUGGCUUCAGUGAAAAAGGGGAGGGGGGAGUAAACUUAAAAAUAUGAAUGUACAUUUAGUCAUGAGGUUAAUGAAGUACAGCUACAUUAAUUGUAGAGUUGGUUUCAGUUCCUUUGUUUCUGUUUUGACACAAAUAACCUGUUAAAGAACCGUAUAACGUAUGGUAUGCAUAUAUACAGUAGUCCUAGGAACAUGUCAGUAAACUUGGGUUCACUAUCCACAAAGCAUGAGCAACACUUGCUUCCUUACCGUUUAUAUCCUCAGCAAAUCUGGCACUGUGCGCACAACUUUUUUUUUCUGUUUCCUUUUAUAAUUUCUGGACUUUUUAUCCUCCGUAUCUAUUUUCUUUUUUGAAAUUAAUCAUAGACUGCUGUUUGGAGAAGUUCCACACAAGCGGCCACCAUAUUUACGUCUCACAGCUUCUACUUAAGACCUGUUUAAUUCUCUCUCUCUUUCCUCAAGCAAACACUUGGCACUCUGCACCUCUGAACGAAGUACAUACAGUAGGCUUGUGUGUGUGUGUGUGUGCGUGCGUGUGCGUGUGUGUGUGUGCGCAGGUGAUGGUACUGGUUUAGACAGGAGUGUUAAAACAGUGUGACCAACUGAAGGGGCACACAAGCAUCCUCUCGGGUGUGGUUACAAGCCUUUUGCGUGUUUGCGAACGUGUGUGGUGAAUGAGUGAAAGUGUGAAUAUGAAAACCAAAAUAAAUCUGCCUGAGCAGUAUAUGGGCCACCUGUUAUUGUUUUUUGUUGUUUGACACUUUUCUGUGGGUUAGUUUGAGUGUAAAAAAAAAAAGCCUCGCUGUCUCCAAUAUACUAUCUGAAGUCAUUCCUGUAGAUGGACAUGUUUGUGUUUUUGGACCAUUUCUUAUGCCAUAGUUUGCCAUCACGGCUAUCAUACAGACCAAAAGCAUGCAAAUUGACGUAUUGUAGUGACUGGACUGGAAUCUGGUGGUAAUAUACAACUAUUUACUGUAUGUUUUAGUUUAAAUGAAUGUGCCUCUGCUUUGAUAUUUAAAUAAUUAUCUAUAGUGAGACGUGGAUCCGCCAGAUUUCAACUGAUAAGGUGCCUUGUUAUGGCAUAAGAAAUUUGAAUUGCAAAUAAAUGUUUCCUGAGAAAUGACAGUAUGAUUUGGAGAUAGAUUUCAUGGCUUUGUUUGCUAUGAAGGUGUUCAUAGAUGUAGGGGUGUGGCUAAACUGUUUUGGUAUUGUGUACAUGUCUAGGGUAAUACUGUGCCAUAUAGAGCCCACAAAAUAUGUUAAUGUUAUUUUUAAAAGAUGUUUUAAUGUUGCCUGAUGACUUUGUCUUUAGAUUUGAUACAAAGGCUUGUAGCCACAGCUCUCCCAAAGUCUGUAGUCUCCUUUUAUUCUUGUUCUCUCUCUCUCUCUCUCUCUCUCUCUCUCUGUCCUCUUGUUUCCAUCUCCCUUUCUUUCUUUUUGCUGCAAUCAAACAAAAUAAAGUAUUAACCUGAUGACCCAAUGAAA